GGUCACACCCAGCCCUGUCGAAUUCCAAAAAUAAAUAAUACGUAUACGUACGCGCGUGAAUCAUUCGCCUUCGCCACACAUCCGACAUCCCAGCGCCGCGCGACAAUCGAGUGUAGACACAUAACAUAACUGCCGUAGUUGGUCGAAGUCCGUAGCAUCCGCUCCAGUGCACCCCUAUUCGAUUCCGAAUCCGAGUCCGAUUCCCUUACUUAUUCCGGUGGCUAAUUAAGGUUUUGCGAAAUGUUCAGCUUCUUGAAGCGCGAGAAGAACACCCAGGAGGUGGUGGAGAAUGUGAUCGGCGAGCUGAAGAAGAUCUACCGGAGCAAGCUGCUGCCGCUGGAGGAGCACUAUCAGUUCCACGACUUUCACUCGCCGAAGCUAGAGGAUCCAGACUUCGAUGCCAAGCCGAUGAUCUUGCUGGUGGGCCAGUACUCCACGGGCAAGACGACCUUCAUCCGCUACCUUUUGGAGCGCGACUUCCCGGGCAUUCGGAUCGGGCCGGAGCCGACGACGGACCGCUUCAUCGCCGUGAUGUACGACGACAAGGAGGGAGUGAUCCCGGGCAACGCCCUAGUCGUGGACCCCAAGAAGCAGUUCCGUCCGCUGUCCAAGUAUGGCAACGCCUUCCUGAAUCGCUUCCAGUGCAGCAGCGUGGCCUCGCCGGUGCUGAACGCCAUCUCCAUCGUGGACACGCCCGGAAUCCUCUCGGGCGAGAAGCAGCGCAUCGACAGGGGCUACGACUUCACCGGAGUGCUGGAGUGGUUCGCGGAGCGAGUGGACCGCAUCAUCCUGCUGUUCGACGCCCACAAACUGGACAUCUCCGACGAGUUCAGGCGCUCGAUCGAGGCGCUCAAGGGGCACGACGACAAGAUCCGGAUCAUCCUGAACAAGGCGGACAUGAUUGACCACCAGCAGCUGAUGCGGGUGUACGGAGCCCUUAUGUGGUCGCUGGGCAAGGUGCUGCAGACGCCGGAGGUGGCGCGUGUGUACAUCGGCUCCUUCUGGGACCAGCCCCUGCGCUUCGACGCCAAUCGUCGUCUGUUCGAGGACGAGGAGCAGGAUCUCUUCAGGGAUCUGCAGUCCCUGCCACGCAACGCCGCCCUGCGCAAGCUGAACGAUCUGAUCAAGAGGGCGCGACUGGCCAAGGUGCACGCUUUCAUCAUUGCCGAGCUGCGCAAGGACAUGCCGUCCGUGUUCGGCAAGGACAGCAAGAAAAAGGACCUGAUCAAGAACCUCGGACAGGUGUACGAUCGCAUCCAGCGCGAGCACUCCAUUUCGCCCGGCGACUUCCCCGACAUCAAGAAGAUGCAGGAUGUGCUGCAGCACCAGGACUUCACCAAGUUCCACUCGCUCAAGCCCCAUUUGCUGGACAUUGUGGACAACAUGUUGGCCAAGGACAUUGCGCGGUUAAUGGAGAUGAUCCCCCAGGAGGAGAUGACGAUGGUCGUGGAUCCAGUGGUCAAGGGUGGUGCCUUCGAGGGAGUCAUCGACGACCACGUCUCACCCUUCGGCUACAUGAAGGGCGAGGGCAUCGACGCCGGCUACGGAGAGCACGAGUGGAUCUGCAACAAGGACAAGCCGCGCACGGAUGGAAUCUUCAACAAUCUGGGUCCCGUCGAUGGCAAAAUAUCCGGUGCAACUGCCAAGCAGGAGCUCAUCAAAUCGAAACUGCCCAACUCGGUGCUCAGCAAGAUCUGGAAGCUGUCGGACGUCGAUGGCGAUGGAUUCCUGGACGCUGACGAGUUCGCGCUGGCCUUGCACUUAAUCAACGUCAAGCUGGAAGGCUGCGAGCUGCCCACCGUGCUGCCGGAGCACUUAGUACCGCCUUCGAAGCGCUAUGAAUAGUGCCCUGUAAUAUACGCACCCGAUCACACCACCUCACACCCCAAAACACGCAUAGAGACCAACUCCUAGGAUGCACUAUGUUCGAUUUGUUUAAUUUUCAACCACAGUGCAGGCGACUGCCUUUUUUUAUAUGUACUAUACUCGUUGUGAACGCGCUAAACUGGGUAUUAAAACACACAAGCGGCAAUGGCAAGCAUUGCACCAUAUAUGAGAUAUCAAGAUAUCAAUCAUAAAUUCGUAGAAUUUACACAAACAUAGCAUAUUUUUGGAUAAUCUAAUCGAUUGUAGGGCGAGAUGUAAUGUAGAGACGAUGAACCAGCCUAGUGGAAUAAGACAAGAGAGUGUGUGUUGAGCGCCCAAAUGUCGUUGUUGACUUAAGGAAAGUGUGAAGAAACAAUUGUUCAAUGCCAAUGAAAAAGCAUGAAGUUAAACUGUAUACAAUAUCUAGGUUAAUGUCGAUGUGCAGCUUGAGGGCCAUUCAUUUGCAACCGUACCACUUUUAUACGCAAUAAAUAUAUUUGUUGUUAUAUUGAAAUUUAGAAUUGAAGAACGUGGGCGAACGCAUGUAUUUCCUGUAUUUAUUUUGCAAUAUUAUUUAAUUGUUUCAAAUGCUCCCCACAAGAAUGAAAAUAAAAACGUUGUGCAAUUCAUAUUUUGUUAAUGCAAAUUAUAGCCUGUGCUUCGACUAUUUUGUAAUUAGUAAAUUCUUGAAUAUUAUUAAAUGUGAAA